UGUAGGUCUUUUUUUCUAUCGCGAGAUGGCUGAGGGUGAUAAAAAGAAUGUUGCCCGUAAGCGGCACUGCAGCCGCAACCCUGUACUGGCUCGGGGUAUCGGGCGUUUCUCCCGCUCGGUCAUGUUUACCCGGCGUGCCAUGUACAAGAGGAAGGUUAAGGCAACUGAGACCAAGAUUGAGAAGAAGCUCAAGGAGAAGCCCCCUACCACUGUGGUGAAAACUGUUGGUGGAGACAAGAAUGGAGGUACUCGUGUCAUUAGACUUCGUAAGAUGCCUCGUUACUAUCCAACAGAGGAUGUACCCCGGAAGUUGCGUAGUCAUGGGAUCAAGCCCUUCAGCCAGCACAGGAGAAAACUGCGCUCUUCCAUCACACCUGGAACUGUACUCAUCAUGCUUACUGGGCGUCAUCGUGGCAAGCGUGUGGUCUUUCUCAAGCAGCUGUCUAGUGGCCUCCUCCUUGUCACAGGUCCUUUAUCCUUGAACAGAGUUCCCCUCCGUCGAGCCCAUCAAAAGUUCUGCAUUGCCACUUCCACCAAGCUGGACAUCUCAAGUGUGAAGCUUCCCAAGAACCUGAAUGAUGCUUACUUCAAGAAGAAGCGGCUGAGGAAGCCCAAGCACCAAGAAGGGGAGAUUUUUGAUACUGAGAAAGAGAAAUACCAGCUGACAGAACAGCGGAAGGAAGACCAGAAAGCCGUUGACUCUCAGCUGUUGCCACUCAUUAAGAAAGUUCCUCAGCUGAAAGGAUACCUGCACUCCCAGUUUUUCCUCUCCAAUGGGAUGUAUCCCCAUAAACUGGUUUUCUAAAGAAAUAAAACCUGUCUCUUCUA